AUGUCGAAAGCGCAAUAUGCCAUUGAGACAGAUCCGCUGCCGGAGUCUCAGCCGGCAGCCCGAAACACCGCCAGUCGGUAUCUGAGGUCUAUCCAGCGUUAUGUCUGGGAUGACCCCGACAAGCCGGCAAAGGAAAAAUGGUUCUUGUUCAAGCUCGAUAUAUUCUUCCUCACCAUCUCCUGCCUCGGCUACUUCAGCAAGAAUCUAGACCAAGCCAACAUCAGCAAUGCCUAUGUGUCCGGAAUGGAAGAGGCCAUCGGGAUGAAAGGCAGCGACCUGACCUAUGCGAGCAACGUCUUCACGGCCGGCUAUGUCCUCGGCCAAUUCCCUGCAGUCAUCCUGGCUACGCGGGUGCGUCCAUCGAUCCUUAUCCCUACCGUCGAGGUCCUGUGGUCUGUCUUCACAUUCUGCUCGGCCGCCGUCAAGACCCCAUCACAGCUGUAUGCAAUACGAUUCCUAGUUGCCAUCUGCGAGGGAACGUAUUUUCCAGUUAUGGUGUAUAUCAUUGGCUCGUGGUAUACCAGGCGCGAACGCGGCAAACGUAUGACCAUAUUCUAUACCACCACAAGCUUCGCUGGCAUGUUCAGUGGAUACUUGCAGGCCGGGGCAUACAAUGGACUGAAUGGUGUCUUGGGCCACGAAGGAUGGCAAUGGUUGUUCAUAAUCUGCGGUAUCAUCAGUCUACCCAUUGCCUUCCUCGGGUUCUUUUUCUACCCCGACUUUCCCGAAACCACCCGCGCCUUUUAUUUAACACAAGAAGAGAUUGAGUGGGCGCAAAAACGGCUGGUUGACGAUGGCAUGAAGCCUCUGGGCGAGUCUGCUUGGGAUCGCUCCAAAAUCUUCCGUAUCAUGGCCCAGUGGCAAUUCUGGCUUCUCCCUGUCGGAUACUUCCUGGUCCAAGGAAGCUACCCCAUUUACCAGCCGGCUUUUGCCCUCUGGCUCAAGGCAACGGGUCACUCUAUCUACGAAAUCAAUGUCUGGCCGACAGGCCAGUACGCCGUGAGCGCAGUGGUGCAGAUAUUAGCGGGCAUUCUCUCGGACUCUCCCCUAUUCCGUGGCAAGCGCUGGCAGAUGCUCAUAGCUAUGCAAGUUCCAACCAUAUUCGCCUGCAUCGUGCUCGCCUGCUGGGAUGUGCCCCUAGGUCUGAAAUACGCGGCAUACUAUUUGACUUACACCUGCGCUGGCGUUCCCGGCAUCUACUAUGCUUGGUACUCUGAAUUGAUCCCACAUGACCAUGAGAUGCGAGGAUUUGUCAUUGCCGCGUCCAAUAUUUUCAGUUACAUCCAGUCCAUCUGGUGGACACUUACCGUGUGGCGGACCGUCCUGUCCCCUCGCUUCCAUGCGGCAUUUAUCGGCUGCUCGUGUCUGGGUGUGGCGCUGGUGCUUUUCUCGAUUCUGCUCCGAUUUCUAGAGAAGCGUGAUAGCAAGAAACGCGCUCGGGCGAAUGGCGUGACCAGCGACGAGGAGACAGUUGUGACAGAAACUUUGCAGUAA